AUGUCGAACGCCCAGCAGCCAUCAAAACCUCCGGUUGACAAGCCAGAAAGGGCGUACCAUGACCUUUCUGACACUAACGUCGUCGAGUACCUUAUACGAUCAGACGCGAAUCAUCUGCAAGAAGAUCCGGAUAUUGAAGAGAACAUUGUGUAUCGUGUAACGCCGGGAAGCCAGAUCACGAACAACCAGCUUAUUGCGUGCUCGAGGCACUUCUCAUCGUAUUAUGGUGUGUGGAGCGAAUUUGCAAGCCCUGCAUUGGGGAUGAGUCCCAAUACACUAAAGGGACACAGUCUGCCACAGGGGGCGAACAACAUCCUGAUAACUGCUUUGAACAUGAAUGAGGCUGGGCGGCAGAUUGCGCAUUGCUUUGUGAGCGAGUGGGCACAUGAGAAUGGUCGAAUCUGGUGGAUAACACAACUGGUAGUGUUACCAAGUUAUCGUAACCAGAGGAGAGCGACAAAGAUGCUAAAAGCCUUGGUCUUGCAUUACGACAUUGGCAAGCGAACCAAUCUGAGAGACUUUGUCGGAGUGCUCAGCCCGCAUCCGUAUACCUUGAGCGCCGUCCUUCGUGUAUUCGCCCGCGGUAUCGAGUCGUUGCCGUCAAAGACGGAUUGGGAAAAGACACCAGCCCAGUAUCCGUAUGCUCCUUUGCAAGGUUCCCAUUACGCACCGAUUAUGAAAUCCUCUCCAGUAGAAUACGUUCGCAACGCCACGCCGUGCCCGGAUACGUUGACCGCAAAAACAAACUUAUAUCUAAACCAUACUGAAACGGAUCUCGCAUUGCAACGUAUUGUAUUUGCCAUAAACAAGCAAGUGCGGCAACCGUGGCAAUGGUUGUUCAGUGAUCUCGCUGAGGGUUUCGAGUACCUUUGUGUUCUGGAUUUCCAGUACGAUCCUGAGUAUAAGAUGCGACCCCAGUUUGGCGAUGAGGCCCAAGUUUUCCUGAGCGAGAUUCCGCUGGAAGAGAGUGUAACAAGAUCUCUUGUGAAACUGGCUCAGUCACCUGUCGACUAUGCUGGUAUCAAUAAAUAUCUCAUCAGCGCUCUAGCCUGUUGUAACGAUGGUACAAUGCGCCUGCACCAAAAACACAACUCAAAGACGGAUGAAGUAAGUGAUAAAAAGGUCCUUGAAGCGAGAGAUUUAAUUGGCAAGCACUGUUUGGUCAUACGCCAGACAAUGAAUGCAAAGCGGAUCCCUGAAAACCUUCGGCCGACAUUUGAUAGAGGACAAUAUCCGCUACCAGACCACCUCUUGACUUGGAAAGAUCUUCGUAUCUAUGCGCAAGAUAGUUUUGAAGAUGAUGAGACUCUUUCUGCCAGGCUUGUGAUCUUGCAAACUAUACACUUCAAGGAGCUUCUAGAUGAGUCUGAGAGACUACGCAAGGAUCCAGCGGAGGACAGUGGGGAGGAAGAGGAAGAACAGGAUCAAGAAAACGUCCGAAAAGAGAGAUCGAGUCCCCAAAGAACGCUUGUCGUAGAUGACACCACGAGCCCUGAGACCGUAAAUCCUGUGGCGGAGACACCAACCCUAGCCCCGGUGUCUGAUGCGAUGUGCAAUCUUAAAGAGUGUCGACCUGCUGUACCACCCCAGGGAAGAGCAUCAGGCUCAAUGCCUAAAAGGUCGAACAUACCCCUAAGGGUCGACUCGGAUAGAGCACCAAAGUCAAACAGCCCUACUCCUAGCCCCCGUCUAUUCUUCCCGAGCGGUUCAUCGAGAGAAGCCUUUCGAUCGAGUAUCCCAGUCAGGCAGCUCCCGAGGAAUUCUGGCAAUGCGUUGAGCCGAGAGAAAUGGUCAGGAAGCCUAUGA